GCCUCAACUUUAGUCUUUUACUGGAUUUCCGGGCAUAAACACAACAUCAAUGGCUACUUUAAAUUCCGAGCGGAGAGCUUUCGUUCAGAAGAUCAACAGAUACUCCUCAGCUGAAAUUAGGAGGCAGUGUUUUCAGCAAACAAACCCGACAGCCAUCAAUUAUCAAUGGCAUACAAUUGGCUCUGGCUCUGUAUCGUUUCAGAUACCUUCAUUUUAUAAUCCUGUGGUGCCAGUGGACUUUGAAGAGUUUCUGAUGUCGCAGUUCAACAUUUCAGAUGCUGAUCUUCAGCAGGACCUGGGUGACUUUCCUGAUGAUGAUCUGGAGAUCACUUUUGUUCCAAGAGAGUGUCGAACCAUUCUGCCUUCUGUUCCAGAAGACGGGGUUGAGUUAGAUCCACAUGUGCGCGAUUGUGUCCAGACCUAUACUCAAGAUUGGCUCAUUGUCAACAGAAGGAACCAAGGAAACUUGGGGGCUUUUGGUUCAAGUGCACUCGGAUCAAGGCGCGUUCUGUGCAAGACUCUUUCAAAGCAGAUAUUUGAAUCAGAAGAAAAUGGUGACUCAUCCAAUCAAGAUUUUCCGGAUGAUUCAAGGCCUCAUCCAGUUCUGUGUACGGUACCUGAGACGGCGACUCUGACAUCAUGCGACUUUGACCUGCGAAGUCUGCAGCCAGAUGCCCAUUUAGAAAGUAUACUUCAACCCAUCACUCCAGAGGAGCUUGAUCGACAAAACGAGGAAGCAAGGAGAGCCAAUAGACAGGCAGAACUGUUCGCCCUCUAUCCUCCCCCAGACGAGGAGGAUGCCAUUGAAAUACGUCCAGCUCCUGACUGUCCAAAAGAACAUAUGGGCUACAGAAUCCAAAUAAAGUGCCAGAUCUUAAAGUUUGAAAUUGAAGUAGAGCCAUUAUUUGCCAGUUUAGCCUUGUAUGAUCUAAAAGAGAAGAAAAAGAUUUCAGAGAACUUUUACUGUGACUUAAACAGUGACCAGAUAAAGGCUUUUCUUCGUCCACAUACCAAUCAAAUGGCACCUUCCAGCCUGAGUCGUACAGCUAUCUUCUCCAUUACAUAUCCUUCUCCAGACAUCUACCUGGUCAUCAAGAUCGAAAAGGUUCUUCAGCAGGGAGACAUUGCUGAGUGUGCAGAACCAUAUCUCGUAAUGAAAGAGAGUGAUUCGUCAAAGAAUAAAGAUAAAAUAGAGAAACUCAAGACUCAAGCAGAGUCCUUUUGCCAGCGGCUGGGAAAGUACCGAAUGCCAUUUGCUUGGGCCUAUGUGAACAUUAUGAAUAUUACAUCCUCUCUGGUCGAUAGAGAUACAUUGGAGGUUGAAAACAUCAGUGCUAAAGGCAACAGUGGAGACAAAAAAGUUUACUCACAUCAAAGACGACUUUCGGAGAAAUCAGCUCUUUUGGAGGAUCAGUGCAGCCUGUCCAACUUCAAAACCGCCACUGUUACCAUCAGUAGCUUCUUUAAACAGGAAGGUGACAAGUUGAGUGAUGAAGAUUUGCUCAAGUUUUUGGCUGAAAUAAAAAGAUCGAAUGCACCACUGAGAAGAUUGCGGUCAAUACCAGGUCAAAUAAAAAUCGAAAUCUUGCCUGUUGGAGAGAGUACUGCAUUCUGCAUUACUCCGGAGCUGUUGCCAGUGAAACCAUGUACUGAAAACCGUGGGCGACCAAUCAAAGAAAUUCUAGAAUUCCCUUCUCAAGAAGUAUAUGUUCCACAUACCGCCUACAGGAAUCUACUCUAUGUAUAUCCUCAGCGACUUAAUUUUGCCAAUCGGUUAGCUUCUGCGAGAAAUAUCACAAUCAAAAUCCAGUUCAUGUCAGGAGAGGAUCCAAGCAAUUCCAUGCAGGUUCUUUUUGGAAAAUCAAGCAGUACAGAAUUUGUUUCAGAGACGUAUACCGCAGUUACAUAUCAUAAUAAGUCUCCUGAUUUCUAUGAGGAAGUAAAACUUAAACUUCCUGCUAAAAUAACAGAGAAGCACCACUUGCUGUUUACCUUCUACCACAUCAGCUGUCAGCAGAAGCAGAACCAAGGAGGAUCACCAGAGAAUCUAAUUGGUUACUCGUGGUUGCCAAUUCUUAUGAAUGAGCGUCUUCAGACUGGUCGUUACUGUCUGCCUGUUGUUUUGGAUAAGCUUCCCAACAAAUACUCGAUGCACUCCCCAGAGAAGAUUCCAAACCCGUCAGCACCAAUCAAAUGGGUGGAUGGACACAAAGGUGUCUUCAACGUGGAGAUACAAGCAGUUUCUUCCGUGCACUCCCAGGACAACCACCUGGACAAAUUCUUUGCCCUGUGUCACACCCUGGAGGGCCGGGUGAUAUUUCCAAUUCGGAUCCUGGACCAGAAGAUAAUGGAACAUGACCUAGAGCAUGAGCUGAAGUUGAGUAUAAUCUCACUGCCUUCAGCCCGGCUUGAACCGUUGGUACUGUUUCUGCACCAGGUCCUGGAUAAGCUUUUCCAGCUGACAGUACAGCCAAUUGUUGUCGCAGGCCAGACAGCCAACCUUGCACAAUUCACAUUUGAAUCUGUCGUCUCGAUAGUUAACAGCCUUCAUAAUAGUCCAGGACUCAGCAAAGAUCAGCAUGGACGGAAUUGCUUACUGAUGUCGUAUGUCUACUACAUGUUUCGCCUGUCAGAUACCCCGAAAGAGGUGACAAAAGGUGGCCCAGCGAUGCCCCCUGUGUUUCCAGAGAGCCGUUACUACACUGUGGGACGUUCCAGUGCUGCCCUUGUCGGGUCCAGACUUAUGCAGUCACGCAUAUUGAGCAGCAGUAAUCCAGAUAUUGCGGGGAUCUUGACAGAUGAAGAUGUUAAGAGCACUACCUCUUCCAAGGGAAUGGAUCGAAGUGGUUCUCGGAUGUCUUCCUAUGUGGAAGUUAGCAGCUACUUCAACAACGCUGGUUCUGUUGGACGAUCUUCAAACAAAAAGCAGUUUCAUGAAGAGCUAGCACUGCAGAUGGUGGUCAGCACCGGCAUGGUGAGAGAAAAUGUCUUCAAGUAUGCCUGGUUCUUCUUUGAACUUUUGGUCAAAAGUAUGGCCCAGUACAUCUGCCAGAUGAACAAGCAAGAUUCUUCCCGAAAACAGCGCUUCUCUGAUCGCUUCAAAGAUGAUAUUACUACCAUCGUCAAUGUUGUUACUUCAGAGAUUGCCACAAUUCUUGUAAAACAGCAGAAGGAAGCUGAACAAGCUGAAAAAAUCAACAUAAGCUUGGCAUUUUUCCUGUAUGAUUUACUUUCCCUCAUGGACCGUGGCUUUGUGUUCAAUCUAAUUAAGAAUUAUUGCUGCCAGCUAUCGAGCAAACUGCAGUCAAUGCCCACCCUCAUCUCUAUGCGCUUGGAAUUCCUGAGGAUCCUCUGCAGCCAUGAACACUAUCUCAGCCUGAACCUUUUCUUCAUCACUAAUCUGUCCGCACCUGCUUCUCCAUGUCCUUCAAUAUCAUCACAGAACUCUAGUUCAUGCUCAAGCAUUCAAGACCAAAAAAUUGCCAACAUGUUUGAGCUCUCAGUUGAUUACCGUCAGCAACACUUUCUGAUUGGGCUUCUCUUCACUGAACUUGUCGCCGCCCUCGAGUCAGAAUCAGAAGGGAUAGCUAAAGUACAGAAGAAGGCUGUCAAUGGCGUGCUCAGUCUGCUGUGUUCACACGAUCUGGACUCCCGCUAUUCAAAGUCAAAAAUUAAAACUAAAAUAGCUGCUUUAUACCUCCCUCUGAUAGGAAUCAUAAUGGAUGCAUUGCCACAGCUAUACGACUUCACAGAAGCUCGGUCUAAGAAGUCUCGACCAAGUGGUUUAGAUGGUGACACAGAUGUUAGCCUCCUCCAUCAUUCAGUUGCCGUUUUGAUAGCUGGAAAUCCUGUAAACACAAUGCUGAGGAGUACUGGAAUAACAUGCUCAUCACUGCCAAGCAAACAGAUUAACCCAUUGGCUAGUGAUGCAAGUCGGACAUUGCUGAUUUGCUUUUUAUGGAUCCUAAAGAACGCUGAUGAAACUCUAAUGACAAAAUGGGCUUCAGAUCUUCCUGUGUCUCAACUCAACAAGAUCUUAGACUUGCUGUACCUAUGUGUUUCCUGCUUUGAGUACAGGGGCAAAGGAACUUCAGAUAAAGUUAGCACACAAGCUCUGCAAAAAAGCAAACAUACGAAGGCACGUCUAGAAGAGGUGCUUCUAGGGAAUGCAGGAGCUCGUGGAGAAAUGAUGAAGCGAUGUCGUGGACCAGGGAAUGAAAGAAACUUUGGCAUAAAUGAAAACCUGCGAUGGAGGAAAGAUCAAACACAAUGGCGGCAGGGCAAUGAGAAGCAAGAAAAAACCAAGGCAGACCUGGAUCAGGAAGCUCUGAUUUCAGGGAAUUUUGUUACAGAGGCUAAUCUGAUUAUUUUAGAUACCUUGGAAAUAAUUAUACAGGCAAUUUCAAUGUCUGACUGUAAGGACAGUGUCUUAGGAAGUGUUCUCCGGGUUCUUCUUCACAGUCUGGGCUGUAAUCAGAGCUCUUACUACCUUAUACAUUGCUUCAGCACACUGCGAGCUCUCAUAAGCAAGUAUGCAGACCUGUUGUUUGAGGAGGAGGCAGAGCAGUGUUCUGACAUGUGUCAAAGAGUUUUACAUCACUGCAGCAGCAGUAUCGACAGCACCCGUACUCAAGCCUGUGCCACACUCUACCUUAUCAUGAGGCAGAGCUUUAACGUAAUCAGCAAUUUUGCUAGGGUUAAAAUGCAGGUCACCAUGUCCUUAGCGUCGCUGGUUGGUAAAUCAUCUGAUUUUAAUGAAGAAUACUUGAGGCGAUCAUUGCGAACUGUCUUGGCUUAUGCAGAGGAAGAUGAGGAAAUGCAGCAAACAAUGUUUCCAUUUCAGGUGGAGGAACUACUGAGUAACCUCAACAGCAUCUUGUCUGAUACGGUAAAAAUGAGAGAGUUCCAAAAGGAUCCUGAGAUGCUUAUGGACCUGAUGUACAGACUAGCAAAAGGAUAUCAGACUUCGCCUGACCUAAGGCUGACCUGGCUUCAAAACAUGGCAGAAAAGCACACAAAGCGCAACUGUAACACGGAGGCUGCUAUGUGCUUGGUCCACGCGGCAGCGCUUGUAGCAGAGUACCUGAGCAUGCUGGAGGAUCACAGUUACCUUCCAAUAGGGUGUGUUAGUUUUCAGAAUAUAUCACCCAAUGUUCUGGAAGAAUCUGCUGUCUCCGAUGACAUUUUGUCCCCCGAUGAGGAUGGGAUCUGCAGUGGAAGAUACUUCAGUGAAAAUGGUCUUAUGGGUUUACUUGAACAAGCUGCCGAGCUCUUCAAUUCAGCUCAAAUGUUUGAAACCGUGAACGAAGUUUACAAAGUUGUCGUACCAAUCCAAGAAGCCCAUAGAGAUGUGAACAAACUGGCUUAUAUACAUGAGAAGCUGAAGAAAGCAUUUGAUAGCAUUAUAGCAAAGGGUUCCAAACGAAUGUUUGGUACAUACUUUCGUGUUGCAUUUUAUGGAGCUAAGUUUGGGGAUUUGGAUGAACAGGAAUUUAUUUACAAGGAACCUGCCAUCACAAAGCUGCCAGAAAUUUCCCAUCGACUGGAGGCAUUUUACAGCCAAUGUUUUGGUGAAGGUAAGAUGGAAGUAAUCAAAGACUCCAGUCCUGUCGAAAAGGCAAAGUUGGAUCCUAACAAGGCCUAUAUACAAAUAACCUUUGUUGAGCCGUUCUUUGAUGAUUAUGAAAUGAAAGACAGAAUCACCCAUUUUGAAAAGAACUUCAACCUUCGGCGCUUCAUGUACACCACUCCAUUUACAAAGGAUGGACGCCCACGAGGAGACCUCAGUGAGCAGUACAAGAGAAAGACCAUCCUGACAACUCAACAUGCAUUCCCUUACGUCAAAACCAGAAUUAAUGUCAUUCAGAAAGAAGAGUUUAUCCUGACGCCUAUUGAAGUAGCUAUUGAAGACAUGCAGAAGAAAACGCUUGAAUUGGCAGUUGCAACUCACCAGGAGCCUCCGGAUGCCAAGAUGCUUCAGAUGGUCCUGCAAGGCUCUGUGGGAACUACAGUAAACCAGGGUCCUUUAGAAGUAGCUCAAGUGUUUCUGGCUGAAAUUCCAGAGAAUUCAAACCUAUUCCGACAUCACAAUAAACUGAGAUUAUGCUUCAAAGAAUUUGUUAUGCGCUGUGGAGAUGCUCUGGAGAAGAAUAAACAUCUGAUCGCUUCUGACCAAAAAGAAUAUCAACAAGAACUGAAAAAGAAUUACAACAAAUUAAAGGAGAGCCUGAGACCAAUGAUAGGGAGAAAGAUUCCAGACUUGUAUAAACCAGUAAUAAAAAUUCACCGGGAGUCCAAGGAAUCUUUUAGAAGAUCAAGCUUCAAGAGAAAUGAAUCAUCACUAUCAAACUCACAGAACAGCUGAUGGAAUUUGUCAAUGAGAGUUUAGGAUUGAGCUUUUAAGGGCAACUUAUUGAGCUCUAAACAGCCAUCAAGACAACCAUGUGAGAAAUAUGAAAACUGCAAUCAAUAUCUUCUUCAAAGUGAAACACUUUUAAUGAAGUAAAUAAUCCACGGUGGGCACUGAUGUCAUUUACUCCAUGAAAAGACAAAACUGCCAGAUGCCUUGAACUGUUGCUAGUUAAUCCAGCUUGCAAAUAUGGUGCAAUUGCUCCUCCUAUUAAUAUAUACAUUUUUAUCCAGAUGCUUUAUUGUUUCCAAACUCAUGACUAUGUGAGUGCCACAAUGUUUACAUAAGCUGCUGUUUCAUCCUCGAGCUCAGGGUCCCGAACUUUUUAUGCCAUGGACCAAUACUGUUAAGCAAGGGGUCUGUGGACCCCAGGUUAGGAACCCUUGCUCUAGCUAAAUGUCCAGUGUUCCAUAUUCACUCUGCCGUUCUGUAUUUGACUUAUUAUGUUUCAUUGUCACAUUUUGAUAAUUCUUCAAUGCUAUUACUUCCAUUUAUGUAACUGUUUUAUAAGUGUAACAUAUGCUUUGAACUAAUCAGAUCUCUUAGUAGUCAGUUGUCAAUAAUGAGUUACACAACUUGAUACCUCCAUUCUUAAACCAAUUUAAUAAGUGGGUCCCAGCAUUUCUUGCUGGGACCCACUUAUUAAACAUGUUUAAGAUGUAAUACAUACAGAAUAGCAUUAAUUUCCACUUUUGGUUCUUAAUGCUAUUUCAGUAUUUAUGGAACCAGCUUUAUUACAUUCUUUGGUCCAAGGAGGGAAUAUCAAGAGUGAAUCAAUGAAGAAUUUUACAUAAAUGACUAUAAGCAUAUAUGUUGAUCUUAAACAUCCCAGCACAUCCCCUAAUGCUAAACAGUCAAUCCUCAUUCCCUACUAUCUUGGAAAUUAUGCCUGUUCUGUUCUCAUCAAUAACUUGUACAGAACCAGCACCCUCUGAAAGCUGAGCUGGUCAGAGCUGACUGUAAUGAUUCGUCAAAGCAAUGCAAUUUUGAUUUUUUUAAUAUAAAAACAAUUAUAUCCAUAUUCCAAAAUACAUCUGUAGACUUUGACUGAAAAUGGAGGCAACAUUGCAGACUGCCAUAAUUCCUCAUUGAUUGUCUGCUGUGGGUCCUCUGUUGAUCAGGGUCGACCAGGAUGUCUAUGCAAGCCAGUAUGCAAAACCAGGGCAGUACGAUAUGGAGAGCAAGCUGCUGCCCAUGUAGCAGGCUACUCCCCUCCACACAGCUAAUGAAUCCAAAAGGGCAGCAGAGACCAAUACAGUUUCUCACCAGUGGCGUUGCAUUCAGUGUAAGACUGCCUUAAGCUCUCUGGCUCUGGAUAUUUCCUCAGGGUUUACUCCUGAAUCCUUCACUGUGAGUGGGUAGCUGCUAGGCAGCCGAGGUUUGUGAUCAGAGUUUCCCUCCUCCUAGGUGAGCUGCCAGCCACGGCUAACAAGCCCCAUCUGCCCAAAGCAACUAGUUUUAAGGUGCCAGUAAUCUGCCUUUGCCCCUUCUCCUGUCAGCAGAAACUGUUCCACCAGGCAUAUUAGCUAAGCCACACAUGAAAGCCAGGAGCUGGACUUGGUUGUUAGAGGCCAUAUGAGGCUCACGCCAUUGAAAGCAUUUAAUAGGUAUUGGGAGCUUAUCCCCACUACCUCCCCAUGGCGAUGACAACAUUAAGGAAUUGUAUAUUACUGUAUCUAAUGUACAGAAACUUCUAAAUAUGCAACUAAGUACUCAUCAAAUGAAGGUGGUAUGACCUAAUGCUAUUGUUUCAAAUGUUUUUUCUGUGUUAUGCAUUCAUUUUGAAUUUUUUGAAUUCUAAGUGCUGUAUAUUGUAUGUAUAGAUAAGAUUCUCCUUGUAAAAGUAAAAAGCUUUUCUAAAAAAAUUAUGAAGAUGUAUUGAUGUAAAUGUAUCAUUGAGUUACUUGCUCAUUACGUUCUAGAAUCAAAGAAAUUCACAGCUGAUACAA